UCUUCAGAGUUGUGUUGUUUAUGUAUGUUUAUUUUGUUCUCCUAUAAGUCUUGCUUUAAACAAGAGCUAAUUCAUUUCUGCUUUUUACUUGUUGCUCUUGUUUUUCAAGAGUCUGCUGCUGUGAUUAUUUGAAAUUAAACAUCAAGGUGUUUUCAAACAGUACUGCCCUCUCAUUUUGCUUAGCAUGUAAAGCUAGAGGAAACAUUCUGUACAUAGCAUGCUCAGCAAAACUUGAGAAUAACAUCUCCCAUGACAAUUGUGUGUCUAACAAGAAUAUGAGUGGAUGUAUUUUUAAAUUGUAAAACUACUGAACAUAUGUAUGGUACUGUUAUUACAUACAUUACUUUAAUGUCGGAGGAUGAUAUCUAGGAUAUCGUCCUAGAUAAGCCAUAAGCCAUUCAUAUCACUAAGCAAGAGAAUCAAAGUUAAUAUCUAUUAAACACAUACUACAAGCUGAGUGCUCGGAAUUAACUAGAAAAUUUACAUGGCAUUUACAAGGAUUACUGUUGAAAUUCCCUGAUAGUAAUGAGGUUUGAAGUCAGGGCUUCCUACUUACUAUUGGAGCUAUAAAUGGCAUUUUUAGUGAUUGUUGCUACUUCUUCACACAGCAUUAGCUGUGCCUACAGUAGUCAAUGACUAGUAUUUUUUUUCACAUGCCCGUAAAGCCCACUUGUUUGGGCAUCUGGUAGUUCUUGGACUAGCAAAGAUAUUUAUCUAUAGAGUUAACAACUCACCUGUUAUAUGACCAAUACAUGGGUGUGAAAUGUGUGAAUUGUUAUCUCAGCCCUCAAACACAGUAAGGCAAUAUGUAUAUAUUCAUUACAUUGCUAUUGAAAACUCUCAUAAAAAUAUGAUGAUGGGAGAGAGUAGAGAGAAAUAGCCACCAAAAUCUUCUCCAGAAUUCUGAAAUUGAAGGAGAUGAACAGAAAGUCAGAUAUAGUCAAACUAUCAAUACCAUUUGCUCCCCAGGGCUAGCUGGGAAAAUGGGGUAAAAAGCAGAGAGCUAUUAUUACUUACUCAUUCAUCCAGUUACUAAGAAUUCAGUACCACAACAGUUAAUGAUUCUCACCUGGCACAAAUAGUGGGCAUAAACAAAGAAAAUAGCUGUCAUGUGCACGUUAACUUCCUCAUGGUAAUCCAUUUGUAGACAACUUGGGUUUUGAUCAUGGCCAGUGGCAUUUAAAUCUCUGUUUAAAAAAACAGUAAACCACUGGCCUGGCUAGUAACCAGCUUAUCACAUCCACCACCUACCUGCCCAUCCUCUUAGGACUAGAAAGUAGAAAUUUGUUCAAGGCAGCUAUGCCAUUUGUUUACUUUAUGAUUUUUUUAAAAAGCUGCACAGAGAUUGACUUCUGCUAUCUCAUUCCAUGAUAGACUUUGCAGGGUCAACUUAACAACAUAUCAUGCUAAGUGUGCUGGCACUGUUUGCACAGUGUUCACUGAGCCAAGAGUAAUAAGCUCACAGUCCUGGAGCAGGUACAGUGAGUUGCCUGUGUGCAGAAAACAGAAGCUUCUGAGUCUUACACUCUGCCACCAGGGGCUAGGGACUGGGCUGGGCGGGAGGAGAGGCCACUCUUCCAGAAAGGAAGUGUUAGGUUACUCAGGGAAGGGAAGCACAUACCCUAAAAUUCCAGCCUCCAGUCUGCCGAGCAAAGCAGCGUAUUUCUGGCUGAGCUGGGCUUGAAAAGAAGACUGCAGAAAUGUUCUGCUCACGUAAAGACACUGGCCAAAAGAAGACCUUAGACAAGAAAGAUGGGAGACGAAUGUCUUUUCAGAAACCUAAAGGGACUAUUGAGUAUACUGUUGAAUCAAGGGAUUCUUUGAAUAGUAUAGCCCUGAAGUAUGAUACAACACCCAAUGAACUUGUUCAACUAAAUAAGUUAUUCUCCCGAGCAGUUGUUACUGGACAGGUUUUAUAUGUUCCUGAUCCUGAAUAUGUCUCCAGUGUUGAGAGCUCUCCAUCUCUAAGCCCUAUAAGUCCUCUGUCACCAACAUCAUCUGAAGCUGAAUUUGAUAAGACCACUAAUACUGAUGCAGUUUUUCCAAAAGAGGCUACUCCUUCAUCCACUGCUACUGGAAUUCGACCUUCAAGAAUUGUAUCUUCAACUUCUGAAGAAGAAGAAGCAUUUACUGAGAAAUUCCUAAAAAUUAAUUGUAAAUAUGUCACCAGUGGCAAGGGCACAGUCAGCGGUGUACUUUUAGUUACACCAAAUAAUAUAAUGUUUGACCCACAUAAAAGUGACCCUUUGGUUCAAGAGAAUGGCUGUGAGGAAUAUGGCAUCAUGUGUCCAAUGGAAGAGGUGAUGUCAGCUGCAAUGUACAAAGAAAUUUUGGAUAGCAAAAUAAAAGAAUCCUUACCCGUAGAAAUAGAUCAGUUAUCAGGAAGGGAUUUCUGCCAAUCAAAGAAAGUGACAGGAAUGAAUACUGAGGAAAUAGACGCAAGAGUCCGUGAUGCAGGUAAUGAUAGUGCCAGCACUGCUCCAAGAAGCACUGAGGAGUCUCUCUCUGAAGAUGUGUUCACAGAAUCAGAACUCUCUCCUAUACGAGAGGAACUGAUCUCGUCGGAUGAGCUGCGACAAGAUAAAUCAUCCGGUGCAUCUUCAGAAUCUGUGCAAACUGUCAGUCAGACGGAAGGAGAAUGUUUGACAGUCAAAUCAGUGUCUGCUAGUACUCCUGGUCACUUAAAAUCCAAUGUUGGACAUUCUGCAAAUGAAGUUGGGGCUUUAUGUCAUGAUACUGAUUUAAGUAAUCUUGAAAUGGCCACUAAACAAGAUGAGAUUACAGAUAACCCUCAAGUGGCAGCAGACCCUAAAGAACAAAGCACAAGAAUAAAAGAUCAUUCAGGCCAGGAUUCUUUUCAUCCUGAGAAUUCAUUACACCAAGAGGAGGGGGGGAAAGAAAAUACAACUUGUGGAGAAACCACAGAAUUUAAUCAAAAGCAAACUGUUAACAAAGGCACACAAGGAAAAGAGCAAAAACAGGACUCAGAGGUAGAAGAGUUACGAAAACUCUGGAAAAGUCAUAGUAUGCAACAAACUAAACAGCAAAGGGAAAAUAUUCAACAGGUGUCACAAAAAGAAGUUAAGCAUAAAAUUGCCUCUGCUGAUGGACAUGUGGAUGGUCCUUCCCUUUUAAAAGAAAAGAGAAGACAUCGAUUACAUAAAUUCUUAUGUCUCAGAGUUGGAAAGCCAAUGAGAAAAACAUUUGUAUCUCAUGCAAGCGCUACUAUGCAGCAGUAUGCACAAAGAGAUAAAAAACAUGAAUAUUGGUUUGCAGUGCCACAAGAAAGGACAGACCACUUGUAUGCAUUCUUCAUUCAGUGGAGUCCAGAAAUCUAUGCUGAAGAUACUGGCGAGUAUACCAGAGAACCUGGAUUCAUUGUAGUAAAAAAGAUGGAGGAAUCUGAAACAAAUGAAGAUUCUACUAGUCAAGCAGCAGCCAGAGAGUGGGAGGUAGUAUCAGUGGCUGAGUAUCACCGCAGGAUCGAUGCUCUAAAUACUGAAGAACUGCGCACACUCUGCAGACGUCUCCAGAUUACUACAAGAGAAGACAUAAAUUCAAAGCAGGUUGUUCCAGUAAAAGCAGACCUGGAGUCUGAAUCUUUUAGACCUAAUCUAAGUGAUCCCAGUGAACUCCUACUGCCAGAUCAACUUGAAAAGCUAACCAAGCAUCUUCCCCCAAGAACUAUUGGCUAUCCAUGGACUCUUGUUUAUGGUACGGGGAAGCAUGGCACAAGUUUGAAGACCCUUUAUCGAACCAUGACAGGUUUAGACACCCCAGUGCUGAUGGUGAUUAAGGACAGUGAUGGACAGGUUUUUGGUGCACUAGCAUCUGAACCAUUUAAAGUAAGUGAUGGCUUUUAUGGUACCGGAGAGACCUUUGUUUUUACAUUCUGUCCAGAGUUUGAGGUCUUUAAGUGGACAGGAGAUAAUAUGUUUUUUAUCAAAGGAGACAUGGAUUCACUUGCUUUUGGUGGUGGAGGUGGAGAAUUUGCCCUUUGGCUGGAUGGAGAUCUCUACCAUGGAAGAAGCCAUUCUUGUAAAACCUUUGGGAAUCGUACACUUUCUAAGAAGGAAGACUUCUUUAUCCAAGACAUUGAAAUCUGGGCUUUUGAAUAAAUAGAAAUUCUCUGUCUUAGCAGGAUAAUGGCCCAAAUCUGACAUGGACAGGCUUUAUUUGGAAUGUUCAAGAAGCAAUACAACGCAACAUGUCACUAGUGCUUUAAAAUUAGUCUGUAUCAUCAUUUAUUACAGCUAUAAUUUUGAAGUUUAGUUUUCAAAUCAUGUUUCUGUCUUAGAGUUCUUUAGGUUUAGACUAUGGCCUGAGUCCACAUAGUAUAAUAGCUGGAGUUUUGUCAGAAUUUGGCAGCAUUUUGAUCAUUGUGACACCUCAUUUUCAAUUUGUUAUCUCAGAUUCCUAAUAGGAUGGUGCUCUUUUGUUGACCACUUUUACUUAUUUAUUUGAACUGUAUUAUUUCUUUGGUAGAGCAUUCUAAUGGGGCAUUGAGAAACAGAAGCCUAGAUGGCUUUCGUGUCUGUGAGGUUGGCACGACAUUGGAACUGGCCUGUCUUACUUUCAUGAAAGAGAAACCCACAUGCCAAAAUCAUACUUCACCGUCCACUGAGCUCUAGUUCUGACUCACACUGCAGCAUUCUCUUUAUUACAGUUUUACAAGUAUUCUCAGUUUCAUUAUAAGGAAAUGAAAUUUUGAGGAGAAUUCUAAUUGUAAGAGUCCACAGUGCACAUGAUCUGCAGGUUUGGGCAAAUGCUUGCUUGCAUCAUUGUCUUAUCCGAUACAGAUUUAAAACUGACAAAGGAGAAUGAGAACUUAAUGAUUCUAUUGGAUUUAAUAUAAUAAACAAAGAAAUUCUACUUACAUGUUUGUAGCUUAGUAGAGCAUUAUCAUAAGUACAAAAACUAUGAAACAGAUACAUAUUUCUUCAACAUUGUGUCAGGUAUACUGUUUUACAAGUUCUGUUAGAGUUUUGUUGUUUUAGCCUUGUUGCACACCAAUUUCAAAAAUAUAGAUUUUUUUAUUCAAAAGGAAAAAAUUGUGAUUUUGGUUUUUUAAGUGAUACAUAUUAUUUCCAUUAGCAUUUGCUCUUAUAAAAGGGCAAUAAUUAUAGUAGACAAUAUUGUAAACUCAUAGUAGACAAUAUUGUAAUUCAGUAGACUUGGUGAAUAUGCAAAUUUACUGUCAAGUGACCUCAAAAAAAUGGAUAGAAUAUACUAGUAGUUCUUAUCCUCUUUUGUAGGAAGCCAACAAUAAGCCAUUAUGGCAAUAAUUCAUCAGUUAAAUUUCAGAGCUUCAUGUUAUGCAAAAAAAAAUCCUGCUGUUAUACAUGUGACAAUGACUUUGUGCUGAAAUCUCAGCUAUUCCAGAUAAAUGUUGUAUAUCUUGUAAAUUAAUGUUUAAAAGUAGUUUUGUUCUUAUAGAAAGUGUGGAUUGCCAGGUUGCUUAUAGCACUUUAUUCUAAAAAUAAAAUUAUAAGCCAAAUAUGUUGGCUUGAAUAGUUUUAGUUGUAUAACACCUAAAUAUAUCUAGUCCUUUUGAAAGUUAGAUAAUUAUCUAAGAAAAGCAUAAUGCUAAUCAAAAAAUCUGAUGUUCUAUUAUAUUAUGCUGUUGCUGAAUAUGAAUAGAAAUACAGGGCAUCAUUUCCUUGUCUAUGUAAAAGCUCUCUCACUGUAAGUUAAAUAACAGUAUAUAGAUUAAAUGUUUACAUAUAAGGACUUUGUAAAUAAAUAUAUCAUACCCCCCCUUUGGUCUUCCACAGCAGUAUUAUUGUCUUUGUGGAGUUGACUAAUCAUAAAAUAUUUUUUUUAAUCCUGUAAUGGGUUUCACCUCCAAUAAGGUCAUAGUGGUAUAUACCAAAUAAAAUUAAAUGCAUAUAUACAAA